AUGUCCGGAUUGAACCAAACCAGUUCUUCGGUCAAAGAGUUCCUCAUUACUGGAUUUCUGGGGUUCAGAGACCAAGAAAGCAGAAGAUAUUUGUUUGGAGCCUUCCUCACGGUCUACCUUUUCAUUCUUGUUGGAAACAUUGUCUUAAUCAUCAUUUUUAUUUCUGACAGAUCACUCCACACCCCGAUGUACAUAUUAGUCUGUGGUCUGGCUGUUCUUGACAUCGCCAUCACCACUAACACUGUGCCCAGUAUGCUAGUCGUGUUCACAUUUGGGUACAGAGUUGUGCCAUUUGCUGCUUGUUUUACUCAGGUGACAUUCUGGUUGGGUUUGUUCUCAACUGAAUGCUUUCUCCUUGCCCUAAUGGCCUAUGAUCGCUAUAUAGCCAUUUGCAAUCCUCUUCACUAUCCUAAUUUAAUGUAUAAUAGUCUCAUCAUAAAACUGGUGGUGUGCUGCUGGUUGGUGGGCUUUCUUUGUGCCAUUGUUACUGUGGCUCUUCUUCUCAGACUUUCAUUCUGUGGGUCUAAUAAAAUAAUUCACUGCUUUUGUGAUUUUGGAUCUUUACUUUUUUUGGCCUGUGGGGACAUUCAAAUCACUAACUAUGUUGCUUUAAGUAUUGGUUUGAGUGUGCUGUUUAUUCCUUUGGCAUUUAUCCUUUUUUCAUACAUGCAAAUAAUAUUGUCUGUUGUGAAGAUCGCCAGCACUGAGGGACGGAUGAAGGCCUUCUACACUUGUGGCACACACAUGCUGGUCAUUUCUGUUUUUUUCUUGGCAGCUGGCAGUGAAUUUGUGGCACUCAGAAUUCCUGGUACCUCUUUGGACACGCGUAUUAUGAUUCUAAUUAUACAGAAUGUCUUUCCCGCUUUAGUUAAUCCGAUAAUUUAUUGUCUGAGGACUAAGGAAAUCCGAAAAAGCUUUAUUAAAACAUUAAAGAAACUAAGAGUUGUAAAGGAUGGCAAAGAGAACUAA